AUGUCAAUAGUUCAGAAUUGUUCACCGUGUAUAGGAGAGAAAAUGGUGUGUAGGCAGAUGGAUAGGGCUAUUGGUUAUGGUACCAUGGAAACAUGUGUUCAAGUCCUGGUUCGAGGUCCCGAUCAAAGUGGAGUUGACUAUUUUGGGCCGUGGUUAAUAAAAGAGGGUCGAAAAGAAUUAAAACGUUACGGUGUGGUUUUUACUUGCUUUUGUUGUCGUGCUGUUCAUUUAGAAACAGCUAACUCUUUAACAACCGACUCAUUUAUUAAUGCUUUGCGCAGAUUUUUAGCUGUACGUGGUCCAGUUAGAGUGUUAAGGUCAGAUAGCGGAACAAAUUUUGUAGGUGCUGAACGUGAAUUAGCUAAUGCUUUGUCUGAAAUGGAUAUUUCACAAGUUCAUAGGUUUUUGCAAAAGGAAAGUUGUGAUUUUAUAGAGUUUAAAAUGAAUGUUCCAAAUGCUAGUAACAUGGGUGGUGUUUGGGAAGGUCAGUUACGUUCUGUUAGAAGUAUACUGUCAUCAUUAUUGUAUCAUCACGGCGCUCAGCAUGAUGAUGAAAGUCUGCGUACAUUCAUGUGUGAGACGGCUGCGAUUAUUAACAGCCGCCCACUUUCACCUCAAAAUUUGAAUGAUCCUUUAUCUUCAGAACCUCUUACAUCAAAUCAUUUACUUACCAUGAAAUUAAAACUACUGUUGCCACCUCCGGAUGACAAUCAACCAAGAUGUCAGUGGCGUAUGGGCAGAAUUGUUGAAUUGUACCCUGAUUCAGAUGGUCUAGUUCGUAAGGUUAGACUGUAUGUUGGUACUUCAGAAUUAAGUAGUGAAGGGAAACGUGAUAAACUGUCAUAUUUGGAUAGGCCAGUAAAUAAGUUAAUUGUACUUUGUGAAAAUGUGUGA